AUGUGUCCCUCCCACCCAAUUGAGUCGAGCGCUGUCAGCGAAUCCAAAUAUAUCAACUUUCCCUCAUUGCCGACAGACGCGAAGCACCCAGAUGGAUCCCCCGCACUCAAUCGCCAUUCCCACACUAUCACCAAGGGACAUGACUUCCCCGGUGCACGGGCUAUGCUCUACGCCGCCGGUGUCCCCGACAAGGAAGCAAUGGCCAAAAGCCCACAUGUCGGUGUUGCUUCAGUGUGGUGGGAAGGAAACCCCUGCAACAUGCACCUGAUGGAUCUGGCCAAGACUGUCAAGAAAUCUGUCUGUGAGCAGGGCAUGCUUGGAUGGCAAUAUAAUACCAUUGGUGUUUCGGAUGCCAUCACCAUGGGCAGUGAAGGAAUGAGAUUCUCCCUCCAGACCCGUGAAGUCAUCGCCGACAGUAUCGAGACCGUCACCUGUGCGCAAUACCACGAUGCAUGCAUUGCGAUUCCCGGUUGCGACAAGAACAUGCCUGGUGUGGUCAUGGGCAUGGCGCGCCACAACCGCCCUUCAAUCAUGAUCUACGGUGGAACUAUUGGUAUUGGAUACUCCGAUCACUUGCGGAAGCCCAUCAACGUCUCAACCUGCUUUGAGGCUGCGGGUGCCUAUGCCUACGGUACGCUGCGCCAGCCCGAUGACGGCGGCGACACGACCAAGACUCAAGAUGAGAUCAUGGACGAUUUGGAAAAGCAUGCUUGUCCUGGCGCUGGCGCUUGUGGCGGUAUGUUCACGGCUAAUACCAUGGCUACGGCCAUUGAGUCGAUGGGCUUGUCGCUUCCUGGUUCGUCUUCGACGCCCGCUGAAUCGCCGUCCAAGAUGCGUGAGUGUGUACGUGCUGCCGAUGCCAUCAAGGUCUGCUUGGAGAAGAACAUCAAGCCACGAGAUCUCUUGACCAAGCGUUCAUUCGAGAACGCUCUCGUCAUGACCAUGGCACUGGGCGGUAGUACUAACGGUGUACUUCAUUUCUUGGCCAUGGCCAGGACGGCCGACGUGGACUUGACAUUGGAUGAUAUCCAGCGAGUCAGUAACAAAAUUCCCUUCAUCGCCAACCUGUCACCCAGUGGCAAGUACUACAUGGCGGAUCUGUAUGAGAUUGGAGGUAUCCCGUCUGUUCAGAAGCUGCUGAUCGCGGCCGGUCUGCUCGACGGUGAUAUUCCUACAGUGACGGGCAAGACGCUGGCUGAGAACGUCGCCUCCUUCCCCUCCCUUCCGGAAGGACAGGAUCUCAUCCGGCCUUUGAGUAACCCAAUUAAGUCAAGCGGCCACUUGCAGAUCUUACGUGGCAACCUUGCACCCGGCGGUGCCGUCGCCAAGAUCACCGGCAAGGAAGGCCUAAGCUUCACCGGUAAAGCUCGCGUCUUUGACAAGGAGCGCCAGCUCAACGAUGCACUCAACGAGGGCCGUAUCCCUCGCGGCGAGAACCUUGUCAUCAUCGUGCGUUACGAGGGCCCUAAGGGUGGACCGGGGAUGCCGGAACAGCUUAAGGCUAGUGCCGCCCUGAUGGGAGCCAAGCUGACGAACGUGGCAUUGAUCACCGAUGGUCGGUACUCAGGGGCCAGCCACGGUUUCAUUGUUGGUCACAUUGUGCCGGAAGCCGCGGUCGGUGGUCCGAUUGCUCUUGUUCGUGAUGGUGAUAUCAUCACCAUCGACGCUGAGACUAAUAGUUUAUCAAUGGACGUGUCGGACGAGGAACUUGCUGAGAGACGUCGUCAGUGGACGCCUCCUUCACCGCAAAUCACCCGUGGUGUGCUGGCCAAGUACGCACGAUUGGUCAGUGAUGCGUCACAAGGAGCCAUGACUGAUCUGUUUUGA